UGGCAACGUCACAAAAUGACGUCAUUUCUGCCAUGACAUGUAUAUGAAUUUUUAUGAUGUAGCUGUAUUUGUUUACUUUUAUGCUUCAUAAUGUGAAAACAAGUGAUAAUGUUGUAUCUGAGGUCUUUAAGUACUCCUAAGAUAUAUUGUCCAUCUACACGAUUUAUAAAACUUUUUAAACGCUUUAUUUUUUAAAUAAGGACAAUGAUAACUGCAGGUGUUAUUAAAAACCAAACUUUUCUGGUGUGGUUAGAGACAUGUCAGUGGCUGACUGAUUGCUACAUCCGUUCUUGAAGUGCAAAUUAAUACGUUGUUGAAAAGUGUAGCAAAUGAUUAUGGAAUGUUGGAAGCAUAUCUUUGGCCUUGAUUAAUACAAGUGUUGGGUGUGCUCUAAAUUUUAUUGAUCGCUUAUAUUUAAAGUAAUUGAAUAAGAUGCCUUUGGUUCAAAGAUUGAUCGAGCCGGUCCACGUGUGUCGAAACACUUUGCCAAUUAAUGAGCGUGGUGCACUGGCUGUCGAUAUUCCUAAUGAGUUGGAGUGUGUAACAAAUGGAACUUUAGCAAAUAUUAUUCGCCAGUUGUCAUCAUUGUCAAAGCAUGCUGAAGACAUUUUUAGUACUUUAUUUAAAGAAUCUAAAGCUAUUGUUGCAAGGACUCAUUCUUUACAGGGCCGUAUUGAUCGGCUGGCCUUAAAAGUUACACAACUAGAUUCUAAUGUUGAAGAAGUGUCUUUACAAGAUAUUCUGAUGCGAAAAGCUUUCAAAAGCUCUGUAAUCUUUGAACAAGCAGUUAUUUCUCGAUCCUCAAUGCCAGCUGCAAUGCGAGAAAUAUAUUUAAGUUGCGGAAAAACUCCACCACUGGAUAAAUUGAAUCCUUACAGAGAGGAUGGAAAAGAUGGACUCAAGUUUUAUACAGAUCCAAAUUAUUUCUUUGAGCUUUGGAAGCAAGAGAUGUUGCAAGACACUGAAAAACUGGCACAUGACAAAGGGAAAAAACCGCACAGACCAAAGCCGGAUGGCAAGCGCCACAAAAAAGUUAGACAACCUCACAACACGCGAGAAAAGUACCGUAUGAUGGCAUCAACGCAAGAUUUCAUUGACAAAUCAAACUAUCCUCAGUCGAAUUACAGUGACACUACACUCAGGACUCCGAGCUUGGUGAGUGACGGAACUGAUGGAGCUCCUGUGCGACCCAAUAGCUUAGAACUGCACAUGCCCUAUCUCGAACAAGAUGGGAGUUACGGGAGCCCGGCGAAUCAUUACCCUCCUCCACCUCCUGCUUAUUCUGAAUACCAACCUCAAGCAUAUCCCCAGCAGAAUGUUCAGCAGCAGCAGAAUUAUCCUCCACCUCCUCCAUAUUCAGUGAACUCCCCAGAUCACAGAGCUUGCUCUAACAACAGCACUCCGACUAGGCAGAGUCGAGGGAAUUCCAGACCAUCGCAACCUCCUCCUGCACCUCCAGUGCCUGGCACCAAUGGCACUGCUACUCCUCCAAUGUCUGCCGGUGGAACACCGUCUAGUGGUGCUGGCCGAUACAGACUAAAUAGCCACUCUAGAGAUACGCUUCCUCCACCACCUCCUCCUCCAGAAAAUGCUACCGUCAAUGGUUUUCAGCCGAAUCACAUGGCUUCCCUCUACUUAACUCAAAAACCUGUGCCAAUGGUUCCCAUGGGAGCAAAUCAUAUCUUAAACCAGGCCUCUCGUAGGGACACUCCAAAUCACCAUCCUCAUUUACUGAAUCACAUGUCUAUGGCGAGGGAUCACACACCGCCACCUGACUCUCUAAGCUUAACUUCUGACUCCUUAGAUCUUCCUCCGCCGCCACCUAUGCCAGAUGGUGACUUAGCCUGCGUUCCACCUUCACCUCCUCCACCACCACUUCCCAAUGCCAACAAUUCUGCACUUUUGCCUCCUCCUCCGCCUCCUCUUCCGUCAGACAAUCCAGUGAAUGCAAUCGGUAACAGGGUGUCCGACCUGAGGAUUCAGGAGGCUCGAGGUAUCGCUUGCGAGCCCACCAGCACUGGAUCCAGCAAGAACAGUGACGAAACGGAUUCGAAAUCUCGGUCUCCGGGGCAAGGGGCUGGUAGGAGUGAUCUAUUAGCUGCUAUUCGUGAAGGUAUUAAAUUGCGUAGAGUAGAAGACAUAAAGCAGAAGGAAGUUGAUAAAGCUGCCCCUCUGCAUGAUGUUGCUUCCAUAUUGGCCAGGAGAGUAGCAAUGGAAUUUUCUGAUUCAGAUUCUGCAUCUGAAAGUGAAUAUGAUAGUGAAGGUUGGGGUGAAGAAGAUGCAAGUGAAUGUUAACUUCAGAGAGAUCAAGAUAUGCAAGUGCACAUCAUUUUGUAUACUUUUUCCAUAAUUAUAUAUGGUCCAAAUUAAAUAGUAUUUAAUAUCUGUAGCUGACAUUUUUAUACUCUAACUGCUUAUUAAACUUAUAUAAAAAGGAAACAUUUCUAUCUAUGGUAUCUCUUUUUGACAUAUUUUACUGAAACUUUAAUAACUCUAUUUUUUUGGAAAUGUAAAUUCAUUUCUUAGUAUUUACUGAAGCAUGAAGCAAUUUAUUGUUGCAAAACUUAUAUUGAUCCAUUUGAAAACUUGGCAGAAGUUUUUGUAACAUUUUUGUCUAUAAAAUACAAUAUUUGUGAUAUUAGCAUUAAUUUUGGUAAACUAUACUUGUUUCAAAGUAUCACCCUUGUGCGGAAUCUUUUGAAAUGUAUCUUUUAAGUACUUUUGCCUACUAAUUAGUAACAUAAUUUUUUACGGUUUUGAAAUUUAGUGAAUCAUGCUGAAAUAUUUAGAGAAUAACUGUAGAAAGUAUUUUGAAGUUAACGGCAAAUGCUGCUGUUGAUACAGUUUCAUUAUUUUGUUAAAAAAAACUUACUGAAACUUAAAACAAUGUUAUGUUUCAAUAAAUAUGUUCUUCAUAUUUUCAUAAAGUUCUUCCAUUUAUAAGAAAAAUUGAAGUGCAGCAGAGUUUACUUGAUUUCAAAAUUUCUGCUUGUAAAUUAAUUUAAAGAUUUUAACUUUCACUAAGGCAGAACUGCAAUUUUUUUAGGAAGUUAAAUACAUAAUAAUUAAGUAUUUCAUUUACCUUGCAUAACUUUUAUUAAUAUUUUUUUUAAGGAUUUUAUUGACGUAAAUAGGCAUAAGGAAAA